AUGGCUAGCCGAUUACGCGACGGGCUGCUCUAUCCGCCGCCGCCGAAGCACAAAGGUUCAAUUUUGGCAGUCGUCGUCGAAAAGAAAGGCGAUGAAACACAGACAUCGAUGCGUCAGAGCGAAAUCUACGCGUACAGUCAUGAAAUCAUCAUUCGAGGUGAUUCCUAAUUCAAACUUUUUUUUUUCUACUGCAAGAAUGUUUCAGACGGCUACAUGGUUAUGCCAAAAAUUGUCUGGAAGGAUUAUGAGCCCGGCGAAUGGUUUAUUUGUGAUCGCGUUUUUUCGACGGAUCGUCACGGACAGGAGAAAGAGGAGCGCGAGCUCAUUAACCUGCACAAAAUCGCACCGUCCGCAUACAAGAACAUGCAAAUUCCGCCAACAAGGUUCGAGCACGGAAAUGUGAAGAUUGUUCGUCCAUUCGUGCUUUGCCCUCUCUUCAUACGGAAUAGAGAGACGCGAAAUUCGUACGGAUCGUACAAAAAAGUCUACCUGUUGAAUUUGGGCCAAGGAUUUGUCAGUUUUCGAAAUGAUCAGACAAAUAAAGUCAAUUAACAUUUUCAGUUUUCCGACCGAACUGCGCUGUUCAAGAGUUUAUGCUCAAAUCGGGUUUACAACGGUGUUUUUGAAUUCCGCGCGAAAGACAACGGAGCCGUCAAUUUUGGAUACCGUAGUAGUGAGCUGAAAGACAACACAGGGCAUGUGCUCGAACGGGAUUCAAUGUGGGAGUUAGUGAAUAUUGUGUCAUUCGAUUCGGGCAUCAAUAAUAUGCUGUUGCAGGAUCACCCGCAAAUGGUGAACGAUGUGAGUUAUCGAAGUUCCAAUUUGAACUCCUAACUUCACUUAUUUCAGCUGAACGAUCUGCAGGAAUAUGCGCAAAAGUUCAAUGAAAAUCUCGAGAGACAGAAAGCGUUUGAAGCGAAAAGAAGAACUGCCGUUCAAGUGCCGAAACACAACAUUGUCAAAACCCAAUUGGUACCCGUUGCGAAAUUGGAGCCGCCGAGUAGUCCGAACCGAUCGAUGCCAUUGCCCGUUCCCCGGGAGCCUCGGAAAACUGGCUGCGCUCGUGUCGAUGAGCUGCAACACCAGCUUCAUCAGCUGCGAGUGGGGAUGCUGCAAAAGCCGACAAUGACUCCCCGAGAACUCAACAAUUGGCUCGAUCCGGAGCUCGCGAACAGACAUAUCGCUCCUCCGCAGCCUAAUAGAAAUCUUCAAGUCCCCGGCAGCUCAGGUUACACCCAGGUUUAUUGAUUUGCAAUCACUUCGUUCUUUUUCAGAUACGACGAUGACACACGACGAAACGCCUGUUUCGCAAGCUGUUUUUCAAAACGAGCCGAUGUUUCGUGUGCCGGUGAUCACAAACCGGGAACAAUUGGAAGCGCACCGUUCUCGCACUAUUCAGCAAUCCUUGUUCGACGAUCCAGAUGCGGGUAGACCAGUGUUGAAGUGGAUCGAUCGGGAAACAGGAGAGAAAUCGACAGACAGCGAUAUUCUCGUGAGUUUUAAAAACUUACUCGUUCCAGUUUUUUUUUAAUUCAUUUUUCAGAAUUACAAGUUCGAUGUUCGGUACAAUGUCGGAGAAGAUCCUCGGCUCGCUAUUCCGGAUCCCGUGCCUGCGAGCCAUAACCAUACUCUCUCCGAUUUGAGCUUCCUUCAGCGCAGUACUGUUAUCGAGCCUCUGGCCUCGUCAACCCCGCGCACAAGUCCGGAGCCACAACGCCGAAGAAACCAAAACGAACGGAGAUCUGAAGCUCCUCCCGCUCUACUAACAAUCGGCAGAAACGUUUUUCCCUCGCAGCCUCGGAAUGAACCACCGUCUGCGCUUCGAAACGAACGUGUGGCACAACUCAGAAACGAAACUCCACAGCGCCGCCCUAUAGAGUCAUUGAUGCAGCCACACAGUCCACAACAACAUCACGAUGGAAAUGAAACCGACGCGACGGUCACUCUUUGCGAGUUGCAGAGAGAUGUGAGUUCCUUCUCUGUUCCUGCAGUUCUUGAUUGUUUCUUUUUCAGAACAACGCUAAUCCGACUGGACCUCGGCGCCGCAUCGCAAACCUUCAACGCUAA